UUAACCUAUAGUGGAGAUUGGAGCACAAAGUUUAUCGGUGGUGCAAAAUGUGUUAGGGGGACAUUGUGAACAUGGCUCGCCCUUCAUGUAAAUUUGCUGAUUGAUAAUAUUGCCUCUACGAUAGUUGUGUGCCUCUUUUGCCAGUCCUCUAAGCCUGUCGUUCAUAAAUUGGUUAGCUGGACAGAUUUGGAAGGUCGUUGCCAAACUUAUUUCACCAUCAUCAUCUUCUGUAAAAUACAAGUUGAAAUGAAGAGUCUGUUAGAGGCCUAG